AUGAAAUAUGCCAUGGGUAAUGAUUUUUCAUUUGCACUUGUCUUUCUUACCCUGUCAUAUCUCUUACAGAUUUGGACCACCAGAAUUACCCAUGGAAGUUUGUUUCCAGUCGACAGAAAAGAGUUUUUAGCAUACUUAAAUAACCAUGGACUUCCCAAGUACUACACUCUUGCCUUGAUAAGCAAGUGCGUAAAUGAAGAAGAUGCAACCGUAUUGUCUACAUUACUUGGUGUUUCAGAAACGACUUCCAAGUUAUCUGGGACAAAGAUUAGUCUCUGGUUAUUCAUCCUUGGUCUUCUUAUGUUCAGUCAUAUCAUGCUCCUAUGUGGUGUCUGUCAUCCAACAUUACUUUGGGAUGCUGUGGACGCUUUCAACAUUCCAAACAUCCUCAUGUACACUGUUGUCAUGACAACUUUGUUUCUCAGUCUGCUGUGGCAAGUGGGUGUCGUAUGGCAGUAUUUCAGGUUGUGGAGGGAAAAUCGUCAUCAGGAGCAGAGUGUGUCUCAGUUUUUAUCCGUCCAUAAGUCUUUUGGUAAUCUCCUGAAGAAGUCUGUGCUCUAUGUUCAAGAAGUGGAAGUCAUUUUAAGAGGUUAUACAAUGAUGACACCAUUCACCCCCAUAUCUCACCUGGAGAGGGGUAGCCAAACACAACUUCAAUGCCCUGCCCUUAGACAGGCUAUCUUCCAGGCUGCAAGAAACCAAUUUAUGUCUCUGAGGCAAGCCAUGCUGUCAACCAUAGCUGAUAGUCCACUAAGAGAUGAAGAACAGAGAGACUUAGAAGACGUCUAUCUCGCUACCACGGAUCUACAACACUUGGCUGGGGAACUAUCAAUUUUAACUGAUGACUCUACAGGACCAUACCCCACCUCUUAUUUGAAGGCUAUAUCUAACUUAUACAGUGAUCAGUUAUCUGAGUUUAUCAGAAGACAUCUCCUGUGUCUAAAGUCUGAUCUAUUAGCUGAUUCUGCAGAUGCAACCUCAAGCUCGCAUUCACUACUUGACGCUAAGAGGAGGUUAGCUGAGCAAGAUCUGACCACCCUGAAGAGCUCGUACAAGCUUCAUCAGCCAAUGACACCACUCCAAUCGGACGUUGAUCCCGAGGUCAAGAUGCGUGGGACGGAAGAGAUUUGGGGGCCCUCCGAUGUCCUUCCUUCUGCAACUCGAGCUCUGAGAUUGCAUCUAGAUGUCACUAUGAAAAGUGCAAUGCAGUUAGAAAUGGGAACACGUAAGGAGGAUGGCAAGUCCGACCUGGGAGACUCAGAGAUACAUGAUCUUGAAGAGUUGCUCUCAGAGGUCAAAGGUCAUUUGGAGGCAUGCCAAACUUGUGUACAUGAAGCCGAGACAGCCCUUGCCAAACUAACAGGUCGAGUGGAACCAGCAAAGCUGAAAGAACCUGUAAUGAGCAAGACAGAGACUGGGCAAUUGAAAGCUGACAUACCAACACCCCAGCAUCUAGACUUCAUAUCGCCCAAGGACUCAGAUAUUGACUUCAUUGAAGAGGAGGUGUUUGAGGCUUACAUUGAUCCAGAGAAAGAUGAUAACAUACCAGAUUACAGCAUGGAGGAUUUGAUUGAAGAAAGGAGAAAGAAGAAGCAAGAUUCUGAAGAUGCUAAACACAUGCUGAUGGAACUCAACUCGGUGCUGACCAAAAGAGAAGGAGAAAAAGAGAAGAUGAGAAGGGAGAGGAGAAGAAUGAAGGAUGGAGGUGAUUUAGUCAAAGAAACAGAAACACUCGGUGAACUGAAUGAAGGAGCGGUAGAUAGUACGAAUGACGACAGGACAAUUGGAGAUAGAAAGACAAACAUCCCUGUUACUUGCAAUGGUUCGUUGAGUGAGUUAGAGAGCGGAAAUACCUCUACACUGUGUGACAGUUUAACUGAUUUAGACCAUGAUCAGACAUUAUCCCAGAAAUGUCAUGAACACCAUGAUAGGCAUAUAGGGAAAGUCAACCCUCAACAACUAUCACAUGAUAUCAAUUGUACCGAGGACUCCUCAUCUGAAACAAAAUUACUAGAAGUCGCCGACAAUGGGGACGAUGAAAAAUAUGAUGACCAAAAGAGUGAUGACCGAGUUCUUCGCCAUCAAAUGUCAUUGAAUGGUUGCCAGGAUGUUAGUUCUUCAGGAAGCGGUGAAGGAUAUGAUGCCUCAGGUAUUGGAAGGAGUACAGAGACAAUGAUAAGAAGGCCAGUUCCGAAGCCAAGAAAAAACAUAGGCAAAAGACUCAAUCCUUCAAGCGAUGGAAACGUGGCACCUCUUGGAUCGGACUCCAUUGCAGCUUCCCAUGAAAGUGGCCAAGCUUCUCUUGUAAGGUCUGACCAGGACUAUUGUGAUCCUGAAGAGAAGAAGAGUUUGGACUCUGAAGGACAUGGUUCAGAGAGUGGAGAUAGAGAGGGGGUGUGUCAGUGGAGACAACAGCCCAUGGAUAUACCGUUCAUGCAAGGGUUAGCAGCAGAAGCUGUCAGGAUAUCAAGAGAAAGGCAAUCACUGGCUGAAGAUACGUUCGGAGACUGAACGUUCUGGCAUCUUGACGUCGAUAAUCAUUGACUUGAUUUCUUUAUUCAAUCAAUAAGUUAUCUAUCGGUUAAAUCUGUUUGCUUAUUUUCGGACACAUCUUCCAUUUCCUGAUGAUCUUGGUUCAACGUGAUGCGAUGUGACGUUACAUCACCACCUCGUCUCUCAAUGCUUUAUAAGAUGAAUACACUCGGGAUCCCCCAAAACUUAAUUUCAUUUUGACAAUUUCUAUAAGUUAUUAUAUAUUAAAGCCCCCAUUCAAAC